GUGCCCAGGCUAAUCUGAAUUCCCCAGAGAAGCCUCCACAGCUCAGGCGGCAGAGCUGGGAAUCAAACCCGGUUCCUCCAGAUUAGAUACUCGAGCUCUUAACCUCCUACGCCACUGCUGGUUGACAUUGUGCAGUUUGCAGCGGGACAGGGUGUGGUAAGGGGGGGGAACAGUUUAGAGGGCAGCCAAGUAGGUCUCCAGGAACCCCGUGGAGAUCAAGGAGGGUUGAAGCUGCCUUCCUCCGAUAUAAGUCUGAACUGGGAUCCCUUGGUGAGGUUGCGAUGUCGGGAGGACUCAGGGAGCGUGGCUGUGGCCCUCGAAAGCUCGUACCCAAAAACCUCGUGGGCCUCAAAGAGAGCAUCCAUUGUGGCCUGGCACGGAAAGGGUCAUUUCUUGCGCCGUUGUGUAAGAACUCUGUGCUCGACCUUGUCUGUCCUGCAAAGAACCCCGGAGGGGCAGAGUCCAGACGUGAACUCGCUGCCGAGGCCAGGGGCCGCUCCAGGCAGCUCAGGGGCUCCUUUGCCAGUUGCAGAGGAGGAGGCUGGAGACGGAUAAGGCUCCGAUUGGGAGUCGUAAAAGGGCCGUGGCCUCGGGCAUCCGGGGGCACGCUGAGCAAAGUCUGCUGCUGAGCUGCUGGGGAGGAUGCCACACAUUGGAGCCACAGCCGCCUAGUACAGGAAACGGGGUAGGAGCUGCAGGAACUGGCCAUCUCCAGAAACACAGGUCUGACUAUCCCAGAGGCACUGUUGGCAACCUGGAAGGUACCAGAUAUCUCCGUGGCAUUGGCUGAGGCCUCGUAUCCAGCUGAUUCCCCGUUGCCCACCCCCAAGAUGAUGCUUCUGGCUUUCUGGUCCUCCGCAGCCAGGGCUGGCAGCAGGACUGAGUGGGGCUGCCCCAGAGCAUCGGCUGCAGGAGCACAGCCGCUGUGCAGACUUUUUGGAGCGGAAGGCCAAGAGGAUGCCUCCCCCCCUGAACAGCCGCUCUGUGGUCACCCACCUGCUCGUCGCCCUCUUUGGCAUGGGCUCCUGGGUCCCCAUCAACUCCCUGUGGGUGGAGCUCCCGGUGGUGGUGAAGCAGCUCCCCGAAGGCUGAGACACCGGCCUGCCUACCUGUCGCGGUCCUCACCGGCGCCCUGGGAAAGCGGCGUGGAGGCUCUCGCGAGCCGUGGACUCUUGAGCCCACCACUUUGCGCCCGGGCGGCUGAAGGAGCGCUGGCUGGUCCAUGCCAUCCAGCUGCUGGCGGUGGGUGCGGCCCUCUUCCUGGCGCUCUUCUGGGACCGGACGACGGCCGUUGCCGGCAAGGAGCACAGCCUGGCCUUCUUGGUGCUGGCCUUCCUGAUGGCGCUGGGGUGCUGCACCUCCAACGUCACCUUCCUGCCGUUCAUGUACCAGUUCCCGCCCCUGUUUGUGCGCACCUUCUUCAUCGGGCAGGGGCUCAGCGCACUCCUGCCCUGCAUGCUGGCUCUGGGGCAAGGCGUGGGGCAGCUGGAAUGCCUCAACGGCACCUCCACGAACGCCUCGCAGCCGCACUACCUGGAGGAGAACUUCUCAGCCGGCAUCUUCUUCUGGCUGCUGCUCGGCCUGCUGGUUGUCUCGGCUCUGGCCUUCCUGACGCUGCUGUACUGGCACAAGAACGGCGACUGCCCACAGGGGAAGACCUCCUCCCAGGAGAGCGUGGCGUCAGAGGAGUCCUUCCCGCUGCAGACCAACGGUGCGCCGGCCGCCGACGGGGCCCUGGAGACUCCCAGCCCAGAAGCAUCGGCCAAGCCGCAAGUCGCCAGCUUCUGGACCCAGAGGAACGUCUACUUGCUGGUGCUGCUGGGGAUCUGUAGCGCCCUCACCAACGGCGUCCUGGUUUCCGUGCAGAGCUACUCCUGUCUGCCUUACGGGGGCAUGGCCUACCACCUCUCCGUGGUGCUCAGCAACAUCGCCAACCCCGUGGCCUGCUU